AAAACCUGAGAAUGUGACUGAAAACCGGGCCUUGUAAUUUAGAAGGAGCUUGUUUUAGCGUCAGUUACACCCCAAGCUGGUGCAUACUCUCUCGUUCAGGUCUCUCAUCUUCUAUACUGAAGAAGAAGAGCCCCUGCAAGCAAGCUGCUACCAUGGCAGUGUCAAUAUCUUCAUCUUCUUUGCGCAGGAAAUUCCAUUUGAUUCGUUACUUGUCUUCCUCCUCUCGUUCAAACUUUGGCCCUCCCCCUUCUAUCACUCCUCGCAGAGUCGUUGUCACCGGUCUGGGGAUGGUUAGUCCACUUGGUUGCGGAGUAGAAACCACAUGGAAGCGGUUAAUAGAGGGCAAUUGUGGCAUAAGAGCAAUAACUCCUGAUGAUCUCAAAAUGAACUGUACUUUUGAUUCCCAAACUCAGUUGCAUACUUUCAAUCAAUUGACCUCUAAAGUUGCUGCUAUUGUCCCCUCUGGAACUGCUCCCGGUGAAUUUAAUGAGGAACUGUGGCUUAAUUCUAAGGAGCAUCGAUCCGUAUCAAGGUUCAUAGGAUAUGCACUAUGUGCUGCUGAUGAAGCUUUGAAAGAUGCAAAAUGGGCACCCAUUGAACAGGAACAUAAGGAAAGAACGGUAAUCAAUUGCUAUAUGUGGAUGGGUGUCUCUAUCGGUGGUGGGAUUGGAAGUAUCAGUGAUAUAUUGGAUGCGUCGCAAAUGAUUUGUGAGAAGAGACUUCGUCGGCUGAGUCCAUUCUUUAUCCCACGAAUAUUGAUCAACAUGGCAUCUGGCCAUGUGAGUAUGAAGUAUGGAUUCCAGGGGCCAAAUCAUGCUGCUGUGACUGCUUGUGCUACUGGUGCACAUUCCAUUGGUGAUGCUGCAAGGAUGAUUCAAUUUGGAGAUUCGGAUGUUAUGGUGGCUGGAGGGACAGAGUCCAGCAUAGAUGCUUUGUCAAUAGCAGGAUUCUGCAGGUCAAGGGCUUUGACCACGAAAUACAAUUCUUUGCCCCUGGAAGCUUCUCGACCAUUUGAUUGUGAUCGUGAUGGAUUUGUGAUCGGUGAAGGUUCUGGUGUCCUUGUAUUAGAAGAACUUGAGCAUGCAAGAGAACGAGGAGCCAAAAUUUAUGCGGAGGUUCGCGGCUAUGGGAUGUCAGGUGAUGCAUAUCAUAUUACUCAACCGCAUGCCGAUGGAAGAGGAGCUGUUUUGGCCAUGACACGUGCCCUAAAACAGUCUGGUCUUCAUCCCUAUCAAGUGGAUUACGUAAAUGCCCAUGCUACAUCUACACCUUUGGGUGAUGCAAUAGAAGCCAGUGCCAUCAAAACCAUAUUUUUUGAGCAUGCAACAACAGGUGCUUUGGCGUUAUCUUCCACAAAGGGUGCCAUCGGACAUCUCCUUGGAGCAGCUGGUGCUGUUGAAGCAAUUUUCUCAGUUUUAGCCAUACACCAUGGAAUCGCUCCAUUGACGCUUAACCUCAAUAAACCAGAUCCCAUAUUCAAAGACGAAUUUAUGCCAUUGACUGCUUCAAAGAAGAUGCCGAUACAAGCCGCCUUGUCAAAUUCCUUUGGCUUUGGAGGAACAAAUGCAUCUUUGUUGCUCACAAGACAUUAUUAGACAGCACUGCGGGCAUAGCUGUUAGCUAAAAUGAAGCACCUUUGUAGGUAUGGUGCCAAUGAAAUGAUAUGAUGGUCAUCAUGCCAUUUUGGCAUUGGAUGACAUUUUAGAACUCUUGAUAUUCAGAUCAGACUGCAGCCUAUAAUCUACCAGUUACAUCUGAUAUCACCAGGCUUGUUUCUUGUGUACUGGAUCUGCAUAGAGUCGUCUUCAGUCUCUUUUACAUUACAUUGUAACGGGCACAGAGAAUCAUGCAUGUUUUUCUUCUUUCUUUCAUUCUUUUGUUUUCUUUUUCUUUUUGUUUUUGCUGGAAUUGUUUCUUUCUUCCCCUCCGAGGAGGGAUACAAAUGAUUCUCACAUUCUACAUACUGUUGGUAGGAUAUCCAAUUAUAGAAUUUCACAUUUGAGAUGCUA